GUUCAAAAACCUUUGCAUGAAUAUUGUUAGUUGAUUAUCCCGAGGCAAAAUCAAUGGAAAUGAAUAAGCGUGUGGAUUUCUUGCGUUCUAAUAUUCUCCAAGGCCAAACUCCUUGAUGGAAGAUCCGUUUGACGAGUUAACAUUAGGUUGCUAUUUUUUUUUUUAUAAAUACAAACCAUGGAACAAAAUAGUAUAGGCUACGGUGAAUUCAGCAAGAAUAUUAGAUGGCUAUUUAUCAGACACCUAAACAGUUCUCACAGGCCCUUGAAACGUUGUCAUUUUAAAAAAAGAAUAAAAGAAAAGACUAUUGAAUACUCCAUAUGAAUGUAUUUGUUCGAUUUUGUAUGAAAAUUCAGACGCACGGAAAAGCCAAAGUGCGUUGGAGCAGGUCUUCUCCAGGGAGGCGCGGCCAAGGAGGACCCGAAGGAACUCUGAUCCGCCCUCCAGAAACACCUUGGACUGGUAGUCUAACACAACAGCGCGAUAGCUGCAAGAGAAACAUAACCAUAUUGAGUUAAGGGCGGCUUUGGCUUGUUGUUUUGAGAACUGGAUACAUCAUAAUGCGGUGGAAAAGCGAGGUGAAAGCAGAAUGUUGCGGCAGCAUCGAUGGAGACGAAAGCGAGGGUGUGACGAUGCUGAUCUGUGAGGACAGGGACACGCCGGUGGAGGUCCUGGAUGAAGACUCGUGCUCGUCGUCCCUGCAGGCGAUGGCUUCCGCGCCUCUGCUGGGAAGAACUGUGUGUGCGAACUGCAACGAGGACAUCGUCGAUAAAUAUUUACUAAAGGUGAACGACCUGUGCUGGCAUGUGCGCUGCCUCUCCUGCAGCGUUUGCCAGACCUCGCUCGGCAGCCACGCCAGUUGUUACAUUAAAGAGAAAGAAGUGUUCUGUAAACUGGAUUACUUUAGAAGAUAUGGGACGUGGUGCGCCUGCUGCGGCCGCAACAUCCACUCCACCGACUGGGUGCGCCGGGCGAAGGGCAGCGUGUAUCACUUGGCCUGCUUCGCAUGCUUCUCCUGCAAGCGGCAGCUGUCCACCGGGGAGGAGUUCGCCCUGGUGGAGGAGAAGGUGCUGUGUCGCGUGCACUACGACUGCAUGCUGGACAACAUCAAGCGGGCCGCGGAGAAGGGGAACAGCGUUAACAUGGAGGGCGCAAUGCCCACGGAGCAGGAGCUGAACCAGCCCAAGCCGUCCAAGCGAGCACGGACCAGCUUCACUGCGGACCAGCUGCAGGUGAUGCAGGCGCAGUUUGCCCAGGACAACAACCCAGACGCUCAGACGCUCCAGAAGCUGGCCGAACAGACGGGUCUCAGCAGGAGAGUCAUACAGGUGUGGUUCCAGAACUGCCGGGCGCGACACAAGAAGCACGUGAGCCCCACCCACACGUCCAGCACCCCCAUGACCUCCAUGACCUCCAUGACCUCCAUGACCUCCAUGAACUCCAUGACCUCCAUGGGCUCCAUGGGCUCCAUGGGCUCCAUGACCCCCAUGGGCCACCUCUCCCAGCCCACGGUGACCCCUGAGGAGCUCCAGUUCUCGGGCUACGGUGGCCCUGAGGGGUCCAUGCUCUCUGCCCUGCACUCGUUCAUAGACGUGCACCCCCCUUCCUCCAUGUUGUUCCAACCACUGCUGCCAUCCCAUAAUAUGUCCUCGCUGCCAGUUUCCCAUGCCUGAAGAGCUUGGGCAUGCAAACACACAAAGACACUCACGUGCAUUUGUGCACACAUGCAUGCACGCACAAACGCACGCACAGAAAAGUGCACGGACGCACACACACACACACACACACCAAACAUUUGCACUU